AUGUGCAGCUUCAUGGCCGCUGGCCUGGUCGCCGCUGCUCCUCCUGGCCCUCCUCCAUCCGACAUUUCUGCACCUCCCCCUCUCCCAACAGGCACUGAUGUGCCCCCUCCUCCCAAGUCGGGCGAGGGCAACGACAAUGAGAAGCGCGAGGAGAACCCUCCUCCAGUGCCCAGCGGGACUGAUGCUCCUCCACCAAAGCCUACUGGCACAGACGUGCCCCCUCCCCCCAAGUCCGUGGGAGACAACGAGAAGCGAGGAGACGCUCCUCCUCCUUCUGGGACCGAUGUUCCUCCACCCAAGCCCACUGGAACCGACAUUCCACCCCCUCCCAAGUCCGAGAACGACAAUGAGAAGCGCGGAGAUGCUCCCCCUCCUCCUUCUGGCACUGAUGUGCCUCCUAAGCCCACUGGCACCGAUAUCCCACCCCCUCCCAAGUCGGAGAACGACAACGAGAAGCGAGGAGACGCUCCUCCCCCUCCUCCUUCCGGCACUGAUGCCCCCCCCAAGCCUACUGGAACCGACAUCCCUCCCCCUCCCAAGUCGGAGAAUGACAACGAGAAGCGCGGAGACGCCCCUCCUCCACCUCCUCAGACUACCGAUGUCCCUCCUCCCCCUAAGCCCACCCAGGCUUAA